UCGAUGGCCGUGUGGUGAGGCGGGACAGCCUCUCCUUGGCGGCGCGAGACCCGCGGACGCUGGGCCGGCUCGUCGAUAUAUUGCACGGUGAAGUGAGAAGGGGGAUCAAAAUGGAGCGCUGAGGGUUUGCUGUUUCCUUUUGUUGUUACUUGCUGCUGUGCUGGGCUCGUUUGUUUACGUUCUCCACUGGUCGCGUCGUUUGUGGGUUUCCCUCUCAACCUCAAAUUGAUGGAGGUUUUUUUUACCUUUUUUCUGCGGCUAGCUAGGCGUCUGAGCGUUCAUUAUACCACAGUGCACACAGCACAGCGUGCGAGUUGCUGCUCUUCGAUGUACCAAAACCUAAUACACAAAAAAAAAGACCUGGAACCAACAUUGGUCCUCCCUUCGCCGUGCCACUGUCUGUCUGUCUAUCUGUCUCUCUCUCUCUCUCUGCCUCCGUCUACACACGCUCUCUCUCUCUUUUCCACUACACACACCCACAACACCACCACCCCCGUCCGACACGCCCACCCCCCCGGCAGCCGAACAACGCACACAACCAGGGUGCAGCGACUGCCGAUCCACGCAUCGGGCAACCCAAGCCCUCGGCACACGAAAGCGAUGAUGGGCCAUGCCAGGCGGAUGCCGGAUGCCCAUCCAUCCAUUCCAUUCCCUCCAUCCACGAGCCCAUCCACUCCCCUCCGCUCGGCGAACAGCAAUAUACGCUUUCGGCACCGGUCGCGACUGGGCAAUACCUCGUACCUCAUACCUGCCUAGGUAACAAGUACCUCUCUUGCCGGCUCGGUAGGCAGGACUUACGUAGGUACUUACCUGCUUGCUUCCGCGGAGCAGCCGCGCUCGUGUGUGUGUGUGUGGCCGUACAUGGAUGUGUACCUACCUACAGAUUACGGGCGCGCGCCCUCCACUGCUAGGUAGGUGCUCUCUAGGCAGACAGCGGCACCCAGCCGCCGCCGUCGCCGCCCCGCUGCCGCGCAACCCGCCGUCUUGGCCGGUAAUAUGCGGGC